GCUUCUUGCCGCCCAUAACCCCGCCUGAAAAGUUCUUUCUCUCCCAGCUGAUGCUGGCCCCCCCCAGAGAGCUGUUCAAGAAGACCCCGCGCCAGAUUGCCGCAAUGGAUGUUGGAAACAUGGCCCAGUCGGUGGAUAUCAGUGGGCUUCAGCUGGCCUUGGCGGAGCGUCAGUCUGAGUUGCCAACACAGAGCAAGGCCAGCUUCCCCAGCAUUCUCAGUGAUCCUGACCCAGAUUCUUCCAACUCUGGUUUUGACAGCUCUGUCGCCUCCCAGAUCACUGAAGCCUUAGUGAGUGGACCAAAGCCUCCUAUAGAAAGUCACUUUCGGCCAGAGUUUAUUCGUCCACCACCUCCACUCCAUAUAUGUGAGGAUGAAUUGGCAUGGUUAAAUCCAAUAGAACCAGACCACACGAUUCAGUGGGACAAAUCAAUGUGUGUUAAAAACAGCACUGGAGUCGAGAUAAAAAGAAUUAUGGCAAAAGCUUUUAAAAGUCCCUUGACUUCCCCACAGCAAACACAGCUCCUUGGAGAACUGGAAAAGGACCCCAAGCUUGUCUACCAUAUUGGUCUCACUCCUGCCAAAUUGCCAGACCUCGUUGAAAACAAUCCUUUAGUAGCCAUCGAAAUGCUGCUCAAACUGAUGCAAUCUAGUCAGAUAACAGAGUAUUUUUCUGUCUUGGUCAACAUGGACAUGUCCUUACAUUCAAUGGAAGUUGUCAAUCGGCUUACUACUGCAGUUGAUCUCCCUCCUGAAUUUAUUCAUCUUUACAUCUCCAACUGUAUCUCCACCUGUGAACAGAUUAAAGACAAAUACAUGCAGAACCGCCUGGUACGCCUUGUUUGCGUCUUUCUCCAGUCUUUAAUCAGAAACAAAAUCAUCAAUGUACAGGACUUGUUUAUAGAAGUGCAAGCGUUCUGCAUUGAGUUCAGCCGGAUCCGAGAAGCUGCUGGCCUUUUCAGAUUGCUGAAGACACUAGAUACUGGGGAGAACCCAUCAGAGACAAAAACUUCUAAAUAGAAUAGCACUGUCACCGGAGGGCAAAAUGCCUGUCAGCGUUCUGUACCUCUCAUUCAUGUACAACUCAUUGUAUAUUUCAAACCCAAAUCACUGGAUUAAUAAUGUAAUACAUUAUAAAUAGCAUUUUAUGCAUUUAAACAAUAAAUGAUGUUUUUCUCAGA